GCGUUCCUCGUGGCGGUGUUGGUGUUUGGCGACUCGCCCGCGCUCCGCAACACGCCGCUCCACAGGCUCCACCGCGUGCUCGUGCGGGCCGGCGCCAGGCUCGGCCGCGCCGCCACGGCCCGCCCCGCCGUGUACGCCGCGCUCCGCUGGACGGUGCCCGUGUUCUACGCCGCCACCGUGGGCGUGUGCGUGGCCCAGUUCUUCGCCCACGUGUACGUGCGGCUGGGCGUCCGCCACUCGCGCGGCCACGCGCUUUACAUGGCCGUGUCCCUCGCGGCGCUCGCCGCGGCCACCGCGCUCCUCACGUUCUCGGACCCCGGCGUGGUCCUGGCGUCCACCGUGGCGCGCGCGCGCCGCGCGUACGCGGACAACGGCUUGAUUUUCUUUGCGGGCCGCGUGUGCCGCACGUGCGGGCUCCCCAAGGUGGCCCGGUCCAAGCACUGCUCCACGUGCGGCCGCUGCGUGUACGUGCACGACCACCACUGCAUCUUCGCCAACAACUGCGUGGGCCAGAACAACUACCGGUGGUUCGUGGCGUUCUUGCUCGCCAACAUCAACGUCAUGGUGUACGGCGGCGCUGUGAGCUGGGCCCAGGUGCGUGGCGCCGCGGCGCCGGGCGCGUGGUGGUGGUGGUGGGCCGCGGCGCCGGGCGCGUGGUGGGCCGCGGUGACCGGGCCCGUGGACGCGGCGCGCGUGGCCGCGCUUUUGCUGGCGUUGGCGCUGGUGUUCGCGGUGGUGCUCGCGGCCUUCGCGGGCUUGCACGUGCGGUACAUGUACUUGGGCGUGACCACCAACGAGGCGGACAAGUGGGGCGACAUCGAGCACUUGGUGGCGCUCGGCGCGCUCUACCACGCGCCCGGCCGCGGCGUGUUUGUCGAGCGCGCGGAGGCGCCGGGCGCGGGCGGCGCCGUGUUUAUUCUGCUCGCGGACCAGCGCGUGCUUUUCGCCGAGCACCCGGCGGCGCCGGCCGUGCGCCGCGUGUUGCUGGUGGCGGACGUGCCCAACGUCUACGACCGCGGCUUUGCGGCCAACGUGCGCGACCGGCUC